UCUAACGAAACAAAAAAAAAACUCCUUUUGAAAUAUGUUCGACCGUUUGAUGACUAACUAGGUGACCGGCUCAAAUAGUAAGCACAAGGAAGCACGUGACCGAAAACAAGUUUAUUUCAUGUCUUGAGAUAGAGACUCUCGCUUCCUUUUCGCCUUCAAACAUUAACUCUUUAUUUGACUACACCAAAAAAAACCCAUUUUUAUUUUUGACAAAAUCUUGACUUUCUUCCCCUUGGUUUAGAGAAUUCGUCACUCUUGCAAGCUAAGCUCAUAGUUUUGAUGAUGUGGGUAUAUAUCUGUAUGCCGCAAAGUUGUGUGCCACGCGACAACCCACCUGUCGAUGCAAGUAAAGCUGUUUUCUCUCAGUCAAAAAAUAAAUUUUAUUUUUUUAUAAAAUUAAUAAAGGAGAAGCCAGAAAAGUGCCACGUCAGCGAGCACUAGGGAGGGAGCGGGGCCCACCACCCAGAGGCAGCACGGGCGACCCCCGGUGGGCUAUAAAUAGAGGCUUCCGUUCACUUGUUCCCUCCCUUUUCCCUCUCUCACCACUCGAGCCCCUCUGAUACGCUGCUAAUUACCAUUCUGCCCCUGCCCUGCCCAAGUGCCCCCAGCUUCCAGGGAGCACUAGUGGCACUCUAGCACUGUACGUGUCGGUCUCUGCAGCCAUGGCCCACCAGCAGCUCCCCAUGCUGUCGGAGUGGGACCCAGCCCUGGACCCGGAGGUCGAGGCGUUCCUCUCCGACAUCGGCUUCGGCUUCCUCGGACCUGACCCCACACCCACUCCGACGCCGACGCCGCCGCUCCUGGACGUGACGACGACGACGACGACGACGACGCCUACCUCAGCCGCCACAGCAGCCACGCCGCCGGAGGAGGACACGUCGGCGUCGGCGCCAUCGCUGUCCGCAGUAGCAGUCGCCGACGACGACGACGGCGACGACUCGCUGGCGGAGCGUCGUCGGCUCCGUCGCCGGCUCUCGAACCGCGAGUCCGCUCGGCGGUCCCGCGCCCGCAAGCAGCGGCACCUGGAGGAGCUCCGGGGCCGCGCCGCCCGCCUGCGGGCGGGGAACCGCGACCUCGCCGCGCGGCUCCGCGGCGUCCAGGCCCGCGCCGCGCUCGUCCGCCUCACCAACGCCCGCCUCCGCGCCGAGGCCACCGGCCUCGCCCGCCGCCUCGCCGCCGCCAGCCGCGCCCUCGCGCUGCGCCAGAUCUACGCCGCGUCUGGUGGUAGUGCCGGUGGCGGCCCCGGCGCCGGCAGCGGUACCGGCGGCUUCUUCGAGCUGCAGGCGCUCGCCUCGCUGAUCGCGUAGCGCCCUGGGGCAUCGAACAUCUGAUGAAUGAAGAGGAUCGUCUUUUUGACUGGGUCACAUCUCGAACGAACGAACUGAAAGAAAUUAAGCGAAUGGAAGGGCUUUUAUAUAUUAAACGUACGUAACCAUGGCCAUGGAUGACGAUAUAUAUGAUUUGAAGAGCCAGCAGGAGGAUAUAUAUUCUUGUAGAUAUAUAUAGACCACUAGCAUAAGCAAGCAAUUCUUGA